UUUUUACCUUCUUUCCUUUCAUUUCCGCUUUCUCGGUAAUAACAAACACGGACACAAAAAAACGUAUUUUCUCAAUUCUCUCGGAGGACUACUUUUGAUAUUUUCAAAAAGAACAAAAUUCAUGCCGAAGGAAUCGCAUUUACUCUCGUAGAUCUGAUUCAUUACGAUCACCAUUCCUCUCGCCUUAAUUUCACCUUCUCAAUAGCCGAAAUCGUUCUUCUCUGUUCAUUUUGUUGAACAGAGAAGAAUUUGGACGAUUCUUGGUUUUCUUUUUCCCGAGAAAAUUCAGAUCCAUAUGUGCUCACCAGUUGUUAUUUAUUGUUAUUCUUAUUAUUUCUCUCAUUUAUUGGAUUUUAAUAUUUUAUUGAAAUUUGUCUGCGAGCAUGGAAGGAGGUGCGCGGAGGCUAACGCUGUGGGAUCAGAUGUCCGCAGUGGACGGCGGUGGCGCGCGGGAGGGGCUAUCCGGCUUGACUCUGAACGACGUGCUGAGAAGCACGGCCGAGAAGCGAGCUGCCGCCGCCGCCGCGGCUUCACCAGCGCCUCCAGCGCCUCAGCUGAGCAAUCGGACCCUCCUGGACGUGAUCCGAGAGCAGGACCAGAACACCAGGUCGUCCUUCAAAAAUCUCCUUGAGAGUCACAAUGACCACCACCACAAUGGCAGGGACAAGAAGGCUUGGAAGAGCUUCAAGGAAAAGCUCCGUCUCAAGCGCGCCGGGGCUGCUUGGACCUCGUCCGUCCCUAUCCCGGCCUCGGAUAUCCCUAUCCAGAAUAGUAAUAUUAGGGACAAUAAUUGUAGGUUGCUUUCGCUUUCUAGGUGCAACUCGGUCCGGUUCCAGUACUCGGCCGAGCCGACUCAGUCGGAGGAGGAUCCGAGUUGUUCCUCGUCGUCAUCCGGUCCGGGUUUCAGGCCGCAGAUCACGCGCCGGAGCUCAACCCGGUUCGGGCAGUUAUUGGCUUCGAUUCCGUCCGAGUCAACUCAGGACGGCGAUUCUGACAACUCCGACGCGGCUCCUUCGCGGGUUCCUAGUCUCAGACCACAAAUCUCGCGCCACAACUCCACGCGCUUCCUGUCGACUCAGCGCCAGAACUCAAUGUACAACAGGGACGCCAUUGAUGACGACGACGAAGACGAAGACGGGGAGGAAGUAAGAUCUCCGCAUGCGCCUACACGCCUACUCGCGGCAGUAUUGGCGGAGGAGAGAGCGCUCUCGGCGCGUGAAGCCGUGGCCGCACAGGAAGCGGCUGAGGCGGCAGCGGCAGCGGAGAGAGAAGGUACGGCGGAAGAAAUGGCGGAAACGGAGGGAUCGGCUCCGGCGCCGGUGCCGGUGGUGAGGAUGUCGUUGAUGGACCUAAUGGACUAUAACAUGGCGGACGAGGAUGAAGACGAGGAGGCUGAAGAAGAGGAGGAGGAGGAGGUGGUGGAGGUCGGAGAAGGAGGAGGAGGAGGAGGAGGAGCGGAGCACAACUGCUGCGUGUGCAUGGUGCGGCAUAAAGGUGCGGCGUUUAUCCCGUGUGGCCACACUUUCUGCAGGCUGUGUUCCCGGGAGCUCAUGGUCUGUAGGGGUAACUGCCCUCUCUGCAACCGUUUCAUCUUGGAAAUCCUUGACAUUUUCUAAUCUUUCCUUUUUUGGACAUCCUUCUAAAUAUAUUCAUAAUUCCACAUUUUGCUUACAGAAUUUUUUAGAUUGCUCAGCUAGUGAAGUGCAAAUCUCGAAUUUCUUUCUAUUUUUGAUAUAUGAUUUAGAAUUUGUUUGUUU